AUGUCGGCAAAAAACAAGGAAGCACAAUCUGGGAUUAACAGGUUUCUUGCAUUAAAAAAUCGAGAAGCUGGAGUGCUUGAAAGUAACCCAAAUCUUAGGCCUAAAUACGUCCAGAAAGAGCAGUCGAUUCCCCAGGCAGAUAAAUGGAGAUCGGUGGUACUUGGAGAGAUAUCGACCAGAUUAACGAAGAUAAACGACCCCACAGCAAAUGAGUAUCAACUAAGAGAUUUGAAUGAUGAGUUGAAUAAGUUAUUCAAAGAAAAACGUGCUUGGGAGUACCAUAUACGGGAUCUCGGAGGGCCAGACUAUAUAAGUCUCAACAACAAGCAGACUGGUACAGAUCUCCCUGGAGUGGAAGUCAAUGGAUAUCGAUAUUUUGGUAGAGCCAAAGAGCUUUCCGACGUCAAAAAAGUUCUCGAAGAAAGAGAGAAGCACCGAAAAAGCAGCAAUAAGCUGAGAGAUGAUGCCAAGCAAGAGAAGGUCAAAUUUGCUCAACGUGAAGCUCGCUUAGACAGCGAGUACUAUGGGUUCGAUGAGAUGGAAGUGACGAGCCAAGAGGGAGUAGUUUACGAUCAGGUAAGUAGCAUACUACAGAGGAGAAUGGAAUCUGAAAAUAAUAUUAACGAUACAUGCAUUGACGUCGAUGACUUGCUAGUCUAUGAAAAUAGUAGAAGCAAAGAACUUCAGAAGGACAAGGCUGAUCUUCUAGACCCAGCUAGUGAUAUUGUGGACGAGGAUAUACCCACUUCGGAGCAAGUCGCUAAAUGGCUAGUUAGUAGGCGAAAGAGGUUAUUAUUGGCCAAAUUAGGACAAAAUUAG